GAUGGAGCCAGAGAAUCACUCGACCAUCCAGCGAAUUCUAUACCAGAUCCAGCAGAUGAAUCAAGAGGAACGCGAACUCCUCAUACUCCGCCUGAACUUGUCCAGUGAGGAACAGCUUCUCAACUUCUUCAGCGAACCCAUUGUACCGAUUGAGGAUUUCACAUCCUUCCGUGUACACAAGUUUCUACUAUUGUAUGUCCCGCCGAUAAUGGUUCUCAUCGGGACCAUUGGAAAUAUCUUGUCCUUCACGGUCUUUCGGACGAAUAGUGGUAAAGUGUCAACAUACACCUACCUCAGUGCACUUGCUAUCAUGGAUCUUCUCGUCCUGUACAUUGGCCUACUGCGACUUUGGAUUGCUCAGCUUUCUGACUUCGACAUUAAAGACCAAGCUAACUGGACCUGUAAGCUGGUAGCCUUUCUUGGUUACGUAUGUAGCGAUUCGUCUGUGUGGCUUAUAGUAGCGGUGACAGUAGAAAGGUAUAUUGCAGUGUGUUUUCCUUUAAAAGCCUCGAAUCUAUGUCGAAUCAGAAAAGCAAGGUAUAUAGUUUUCGUUCCGAUUCUAGCUCUUUGUUUCGUAAAUUUUCAUUUCCUUUGGACAGUGCAGUUACGACAUGACAAAAACGAUACCAUCAACCCUGUCUACAUUUGUGAUGCUGGACCUAAUUUCUCAGAACUAGUCAACGGUGUUUGGGUGUGGGUUGAUGCCGGGAUAUAUUCGUUUGUUCCAUUUGCAAUCUUAUCAAUACUCAACGGACGUAUUAUCCAGAAAGUAUGCAUCGCCAAGAACGAACGUAAACAUCUGGUAACCACAGAUAGAAAUGGCUGUAAUAACAUCAGAUCAAAACAUUCCGGAACAGGGGAGGUAAGCAGAAAGCUUACAAUGAUGCUUUUAAUGGUUUCUUUUACAUUCCUGUUGACAACACUCCCCAUGAAUAUCAUUCUCAUCAUGACAAAGUCAUGGAAUGAACAGAACCAGCAGCAAAAAGCAGAUUUCUACCUGGCAAAAACAGUAUCAGAAUUGUUAAUGUAUCUUAAUCAUACAAUCAACUUUUUUCUGUAUUGUAUUUCCGGGCGGAAAUUUAGGCGUCAAAUACUUUCGCUUUUGUGUCGCUCUGUCCAAAAUCAAAACGAUGACACUGCUCUAACAGGAAUGAGAAGCUUAGCGCUGACAACGAGUAACGGCUCGAACUUUAAGGUUGUUUACAGAAGCACAAUAAGAAAUCGCACGCCGCCAUCUUCUGUUUGAAUAAUAAACUUAUGUAUGCCAAUGGCUAUGUAGUGCUAAUCUAAUCUGACUAUUGUUUCAAACACAUAUCUCGUUUUUUGUUGUUUUUGUGUGUG